AUGCCGACCCUGGACGAGGGCGGCCUGGCGGUCCGGCAGCUGGGAGGGGACCCCAAUCGUGGGCUCCACAUCCCUGGCGCCACACCGGACCGCCAGCAGCGUACCAGCCAAGGUCCCGGGGAGCCAAGACCCGGAGGUUCGGCCCCCGCCAGGAAAGGAAAGGAGAAGGUGCCGGUGCCGGAGCACCGGCACAAGGACAAUGCGGGUGCCGCCCCGGCUCGAAGGAGCGACGAGGACAAGGGGGCGGCGCCCGCGCGGAGCGGCCAAGCUGAAGGGAGCAAGUUCCUCACUUCGGACGCCACAAGCACGUCCACCGGAGCCGCCUCAGCUAGGGGGUCUGGCCCCCAGCCAGUACCAACAGCAGCCGAACCCAGUGGUCCGGAACCAGAGGCCGCCACACCCCCGAGGCCCGAACCCAUCCCGGAGGAGGAGACUGCCAGACCUGUUGCGUCAACCGAGGCGCCAGCAGCAGCAGCAGCACUGGACGCGGUGGUGGAGCCACCUCCAGCUGGACCAGUGGCGGCAGUCGAGGCGACAGCGCCGGAGGAAGCGGCACUGGAGGUAGCGGCAGUACCGGAGGUGGCGGCGACGCCAGAGGGAGUGAUGGCGCCGGAGGCGGCGGCACCAGAGGCAGCGGCGGCGGAGGUCACAGAGGUCACUAGCAGCACCACUCCACCUGUGCAGGAGGGGGAGCCGGAGGUGGUGCCGGGGAGGCAUCUUCUUCGAAGUCCAGCAGAGGUCCCGCUCCCCUGCCUCUUUGCCAAGAGCCUGCAGGUUCACGAGGAGCUGGAGACUGGCAUCCGCCGAGAGUGGGAGAGGUUGGAGGCGGAGUGCGACCGGCUCCUCGACUGGGAGCAACGCCUGGGGGACCGCAUCAAGUCCGUCACCGCCCGCUACGCUGAUGAGCGCGCCAAGCUCAUGCUGGAGCGUGAGCUCCUGCAGGAGCAACUGCAGCAGGCUCUCAACCGGGAGGCGGCAGCGGCCCAACGGGAGAGAGCGGCCGCACGGCGGGAGGCGCAUGCCCUCGAGCGGGAGCUCCUGGCGGAGACGAGGGUGCAAGCGGCCGCGGAGCGGGAGAAGACCUCCCUGGAGUUGGCUGACCAGGCCAAGAAGGUGGUGGAGAUGACCGCGGCACAGGAGGCCACUCUUGCAGAACUGGUGGCAGCCACGGCAAAGAGGGAAGAAAGGCUCGCCGCCCGCGAAGCAGAGGAGGUGUCCCGGCUCGAGGAACUCCAGGAGCGGGAGGCGGCCGUGGAGAAGGAGCUGGCGGCCGGGACACGGAGGCUUCGGGAGCGGGAAGCGGCCCUCCAGGAAAGGGAGCCCAAGAUGGAGGAGUUCCAGGCGGAACGGAGCGCCAGCAUCGGCCGCAUCGUAAGGUGGGCCGGUGAGGUGAACUCCUCCCUGGAAGCUCUCGGAGCAAACCCCAUCUGGGUGGCGGAGGCUCCUUCAUCGCUUGGCGUCGCCCUCCAGGUGCUGGACUCCGCCGCCGAGCGACUUCAAGGCCUGGAGUCCGGCAUGCUCAACCUCCUGGAGACAGAAGGGAGAGUAGUUGCCCGGGGGACGGCUGAGUACAUCCUCACCUGUUUCCGGAGCCACGACCCCGCCAUCCAACUAACUCCCGUCCUGGUUGGUCCCCUCCGGGCGACGGCGGCCGCCGCGAAGGAGGGUGUGCAGGAGGCGGCCGACAUGGUGGUGUCCCGCGUCCGACGCCGUCCCGAUGCCUCCAGACCACCAGGGCAAUAG